GGUGCUCGAUGUGUCUUCCAACCGACUCGAAAACAUCGAUCCGUUAAAGUCGGUGUGGCCAAAGUUGACUCUGUUGAGCUAUCUCGACUUGUCGCGCAACCCAAUCAAAACGAUCAUGGCGCAUGCGUUCGAUUCGUUGGACGCACUGCGAACGUUGAAGAUCAAGGAUCUUCCACAAAUUAGUCGGCUGGAGAAGAAUGCUUUCAAGCAGUUGAGCAGCUUGUCCAACUUGGAAGCCUACAACUUUGCCAAGCUCGGAUACAUCGAUGUACAAGGAAUUAUCCAAGAGUUGCCUUCGCUGGCAUCGAUCGAUAUCGAGGUAAAGGAUUCAGUGCUGGAGUCCGAUCAACUGCAAGUAAUUGAUCAUCCCAAGCUAACCCACCUGGGACUGUAUGGAUACAUGCUGCAGAGUAUCAAGGGCAUUCCGUCGGUGGAUCAUGGCCGCAAAGGUUAUGGAUGUACGCUGUUCCACACCAGACACCGUAUGGGAUGCAAGGGACGCGAAACGUUGCACUACCUUUGCGAGCAGAUCCCCGGCGAUGCACUACUCUACAGUAUGUUCAAGAUCAACCCCGAGCCCAUCAAGUGUCCACUGUCCGGAUCCUUCACGUUCACGUACAACCGUGGCCACGGCGAGUGCAAGAAUCCGGUGUCCAAGAUGGAAAUGUGCACCGAGGACAGCCGCCUGCUGCUGAACUUCCAGGCCUGUCCGGACGUGCCCGGAACGGAGAGCACGGUCGAGGAGCUCACCUGUCUAGCCUGGUGGAAGGACGGAAAUUCCCGGUAUCUGGUUGGACUGGUGUCGCACUACCACGCGACCUCGAACGAGGACCGUUACCGGUGCUUCGUGUACGAGAAGAUUAGUGGAUCCGGAGCAGCGAAUGCUGAUGCCGAGUACAAGCUGGCCCAGUCUGGGGAUGCGACCUGUAACGGGCUGGAGAGUGCCGAGGUGGGCUCCCGGAUAAUGACCCUGAAGCGGGCUCCGAUGACGGAGCGGUGUCACUUCCCGACGUGGUUCAAGGGGCCACGUCACUGGCACGCGCUGAUGGGGAACGCCAACUACAUCUUCCAUCCGAGUGAUGAAUCGCUGCACAUUGUAAAGCCAAGUGGGUACAUGGAAGCGCGGGCACUUUGCGAGCAGAUCAACAAGCAGACGGCCACGGAGAUGCAGGCCGUCGUCCAUCACACUACGGGAUGCACUUCGGGCUACAUGUGUGUGAUGUUCUAUCGACGAGAUACUCACGUAGCUGAGCUACAGAUGGGAACGCCCGCAGCUAGGCUGGAGGAUGCCUGUGCUCCCAAGAACUUUGACGUGCAUCGGACUCCGUUUGUUACUUUAUUAGCUAAUAAUCCAGAAACGCAGAUCUGUCCGAUGGAAGGAUACUACUCAAUUAAAGGUUUCCUCGUUCCUUCCUCAUCGGUUUCGCGCCACAAGCGAAACCACAACAACAAGAGCCGGAUGCACCGGCACCGGGAGCUCAUCAGCUUCCGCAACCAGGAGAGCUCCCAGGACGGCGUCGUCGGUGGCGUCGGUUCCUAUUUCUACAACCUGGAGAAGCGGAAAGCUUUCUCGCGCAUGCGGAGAACUGCACAGGAAGUGGCUCAGCAGCAGCUGCAGCCAAGUGAUAACGUCACACAAGACUUUUACAGUAUAGAGUCCAGCCGGGCACGGAGGGAAACGAUGGGAUGUAACAUUAACCACAAUACCAACAGACGUCUAUACAUAGGAUGUAACGAAAACACUGUAAUAGAAGUAAAGCCAAAAUGUAAAAACGACGAAGAAGAAACUUACACCUGCCACGGCCACUGGCAGGAGAACCAGACGACGUUCAUCAUCGCGAAGCAUCUCAGCUCGCAGCAUGGCGUCUGCAUCAGCUACGUGCCAACCGAGGGGAACAACCAGGUGCAGCUGUACGUGGGUGACAGCUGUCACCGGCCAGGCAUGCAGGGCAGUCCCGGUGGGGGUGGAGGAGGAGGCGGAGGAGGGAGUGGAGGUGGUAAUGGAGGAGCGUCGACGGCGCUGGGCGCCAGUGGCGGCUCGUACGGUGGUGGUGGCAACGGUGGCGUGACCGUCUCCCACAUGACCCUGUCCAACGUUACCGUUUUAGACGCGGAUGUUGCCAGCACGAAUGCCUCAAGCACCAGCACCGACACCAACACCACGAUCACUAAUCGCGAUCAUACGGCAGCAGCAUCGACAAUGUGCAAAAUACCGCCGACUUUGGACGUCGGCGAAGACAACAACAAUUGCUACGAGCUCGAUGUGAUCAAUAGCAAGGACCCGUACGCCGAGCUCGAGAGAUAUCUGGAAAAGGUCAAGGCUGAAAUCUCGGAGGUAUUUGCGCAGCUGGAAUCGAGGCGUGAGGAAAACGGCGUCUGCAGCAAUGACACUGCCACGCUGCCGGCGGCCGGAGGAAGCUGUGACGGUGACUGGUCAGCAUCCGCCGUUGCCACCCCCGCCGUCGCAUCGCCACCACCGCCAACCCGCACCAUCCCGAGGAAGUCGUCAACGGCGGCUGCUCCGGUCCGUGACAGCAAUUACAACACCAAAGCGAGCCGCUGCCAGAAUGUGGCCUGCGAACUCGACUCCGUGGACGGGGCCAACCUGGAGGCGACGGAACGGCUGCUGCGGGAAAUUGCCGCCACGCUGCCCAAGCAGAACCAUCACAGUCAGCAGCAGCAACAGUCUGUCUCAUCCCAUCAGCAAUACAGUCAUAACGAUCAUCAUCAUCAGCAGCAGCAGCAGCAUUCGCGAGAGCGCAACAAUGGUGCUUUUGAGUCGGCUCGAUACUGUGAUCCCACGGCGGCGUUCGUCAUCGGCGGAGAUCAUCAUCUCCAGCAUCAGCAGUUGGUGUUGAAGAUCGACGAAGAUCACGAUAAGCCGGAACAUCAGCAUCAGCAACGCACGCAGCAGCGGUUUAAUGGCGGCCGGUUUCUCACCGGAGUAGGCGGAGGACUUGGUGCUACCGACAACAGUCAAUCGUCGGACUAUGAGACCAGCAAUGGACGGGAGAUGCACGACAGUCUGUCGGACGACAUGAGUCUGCUGGAGGAGCUGAGCAUGUACGGCGGAGAUAGCAACGAACAGGACGAGGAUGGGUCCGACAGCAAGGACUCGUCAUCGCCAAAGUUGCAACCGCCGGGGCUGGUCCACCCGAGAUCGGUACAGUACCACAAGAAUCAGCAUUCAGGUGGCAACGGCAUUCCCAGACAGUACGCAGUCCACCAGCUGGCGGACAAACAGCUGAAAACCAGUACAAAUAGUCUACCUUCCACUAGCCGCAACUUUAGUCUACACCAUAAGUUUAGGAAUCACCAGAACGUAAUCGAUGCCAAAAGACGACAGUUUUUCCUGCCGCUGGAGCAGGAACCGUUCCAGCAGCAGACGAACCGGUCAAACAUGACGGAGCUGCCGUCGCCGAGCAGUACGUCCCUGCACAGCGGCUACAGCCACCUGAUCCUGGAGGACCUCGGCACCAAGUCCAGCUCGGCGCCGCUGCUCAUGAAGAACGAGGAGGUCGAGCUGGGCGAGCGGAGGAACCUGAGGUACUCCCGAUCGCAGAGUGACCGGCAUCUAGCAGAAAUCGAAGCCAUUGAGGCGUGUCGAUGGCUCCGUGCGGCCGGAUUCCCACAGUACGCCCAGAUGUACGAAGAUCACCAGUUUCCAAUCGAGAUCAAUGACGUGGCGAAGGAUCACCCGUUUUUGGAGAACGACCCGCUGCAGUCGCUGUACCGGCGGUUGCAAACGUUAAACCGGUGCGCCAACAUGCACAUUGACACGCAUCAGCAUUCCCACCCGCCAAAGCAGAGCGAAGACUCGGACGACGAUAGCUGUGCCCUGUCGGAGGCUUGGACGUUUGCCCACAACAGUCGGCGGUGGUCGCGGGUUGAGGAUGCGGCUGGGCUGGUGAGCGUGAUCAAGCAGAAGCACGGCAACAAGAGCGACGUCAGUACGGUUAACGAGACGGAUUCGGCGGAGGAAUCUUCCAAGAGUGGAUCCAAGACGACGACCACGGACGAUAAGGAGAACUGGGGUGACGACGGGGUCACGUUGAGCAUUCUGUCGGACAGUGACACGGGAGAUGGACCGGUGCGGCUUCGCAGGACCGGCAGCGAACGACUCAAAGAUGGUGCUAAAGCUUUGCUCCGGCGGGUGGAGUCAAUCAAGUCCCGCAGGAGGAAGCGCCAAAAUCGGGACGGACUGGUCCUAAGUGGACCCCAUUCAUCGAGCUUAUCACCGGUGCACCAUCCGUUGGACGACCUGAAGCACAUGGAUUUGAUGUCGUUUUCGAAUCCAUCGUCUCCGCGUCCUUCGGCAGCGGCACUCGGUGACCACAGGCGGGACAACAACACACUCGGAACGAACGAGAUCGUGUCGAAUCUGCUGUCGCCGUACACGCUGAGUCCGUUCGGUCACAUGGCUCAGGAGGAUCACGGUGGGAAAAAGGAGCACAAACGAAGCACCACAAAUCGUUCUAGUCCGUUGCACUUUUUCAUCCAGCUGCAGGAGGCCAAGUCGGGUGACGAUUCGUCGUCGAUCUGCAGCGAAGACAGUCAGGAUUUGAACACCGGGUACUUUGCGGGAAGGGUGGUAAAGACGCCGAGCAAGAAAUAUCCCAAGGCGAAGAAGCUGCUGCGAAACAAGGUCACUGCGGACGAUUCGGGGGCCCUUUCGGACUCGGAGUACCAGUCGAAGUUACGCCGGGCCAAGGUUUCGAGUGACUUGAAGGAAACCAGCAGCAAUACACUGCAGGUGUCCAAGUUGAACCGAGGCGGAUCGUUGAAUCUGGGGAAGAAUUCCAAAAAAUAUCGUGAUGCAUUCCAUAAUCGCUCAAUGCGAGUGGCCAAGACUAGUGAUGAGAAGGGUGGUGGUGGCGGCGGUGGUGAGGACAAGAAGCGUCCAACGGUGGCCAGAUGGCACAGCUUCCAACAGCCGAAAAACUCCGAAGGACAUCGGAUGAGCAUAGUCGACUUCAAAGAUAGUAACGCCAAGGACAAGGGAAGAUACUCCGGUGGCACGACAAUCUACGAGAUGUCUUGCGGUCAACUGCUGGUUGUUCGCAAGCUAGCUCUGGUCACGCUGACAGGAUGUAUGGAGCGCUACUGUCCUACGCAUCGUUCCGGCUGGAACUGGGAACUGCCCAAGUUUAUCAAACGUAUCAAAACGCCAGACUACAAAGACCGACGGAUAUUCGGCAUUCCACUAGUCCUUAACCUGCAAAGAUAUGGCAACACACUUCCGGAGAUCAUCCAGAUGGCACUGACCUGGCUGGAACAGAACGCACUGGACCAGGUCGGGUUGUUCCGCAAGCCGGGCGUCAAGUCGCGGAUAGCGAAACUCAAAUCGACCGUCGAAUCGUGCAAUAACGUUUCCAACCGGAUGGACAUUUUCGACGAUCACCACGCGUACGACGUGGCCGACAUGCUGAAGCAGUACUUUAGAGAGUUACCGGAUCCGCUGUUGACUGCCAAGCUGUCGGAAACGUUCGUAGCCAUCUUCCAACAUCUUCCGGUCGAUGUUCGCUACGAUGCGGUGCAGUCGGCCAUCCUUCUACUGCCCGACGAACACCGAGAGGUGCUGUACACACUGUUGUGCUUCCUGGGCAAGGUCGUGUCCAAGGCAUCCCAGAACCAGAUGACCGCGAACAAUUUGGCCGUUUGUCUGGCGCCGUCACUGUUUUACUCCAUUUCCGGUAGCAGAUCUUCAACGGCAUCGCCACGUCGCAAGAAGGGCGCCACCGGCCAGCCCGACGAGAAGGAGCUAAACGAGACGCGCGCGUCGCACGACUGUUUGGCGUAUCUGAUCCAGAACUAUCGUACGCUGUGGACCAUCUCGAGCGAGCGGAUGCGCAAGUGUAGCUUCAACUACAUGGAGGAAUCGAAGCCGGUUCCGCUGGAGUCGUUGGGGGCGGAACUGCACGUGCAAAACUGGCGCGGCUACCUGACCGAGUGCAUCAAGGAGUGCGUCCGGGAGGGGAAGGAGAGACCACGUGGCUGGGUUUCGCUCAACUCGGCCGACCCCAGUGUGACAGUGUACUUCAAGAAGGUGGGCGAUGGCCACCCGUUGCGGCUGUGGAAGACGGUGACCGAGGUGGAGGCACCGCCGACGGAGGUCAUCAACCACAUCCUGAACGAGCGGCACCUGUGGGACGACCAUCUGCUGAAGUCGCGCACCGUCGAGCGGCUGGACGGCGAUACGGACGUGUUUCAGUACGUGUGCGGCCAGCCGAUUACGGAUUAUUGCGUGUUGAGACAAUGGAACACCCAGCAAUCGCGCGGAACCUGCGUCAUCGUCGAGGUUUCCAUUAGCCACAACGGCGCCCAGCUGCUGCUGGACGGGGUGCGCGGCGUCGUUCUCGCCUCGCGGUACCUCAUCGAACCGUGCGGCAGCGGCAAGUGCAAGCUGAUGCAUCUGUCCCGGGUGGAUAUGAAGGGUCGCACACCGGACUGGUACAACAAAAAUUACGGCCACAUCUGCCAGCAAUAUCUAUCGAGAAUCAAAAAGUUUUUCGAACAUUACACCGAGGGACCUGAGAGCAAAGUAUAAUUACACACAAUCACUCAACAAA